UGUUCAUGCUACUUUUUCAUUACGACUAUUCGCAUUCGAGGAAGACGGAAUGGUGCAGAGUGAACGGAGCAAGAAAGGCAAAAGAAAGCGUUCCGUAGGUUCUGAUAACCAACUACAAUUUGUUGUUUAUAACGCAAGUACAUUUGCUACGCAAAGUGGAACUUCAAAUGAACUGACUCACCAUGAAAUUCCUCAUGAAACUUAUGAAAAUUCUAAUGAAGAAAUAUAUGAAAUGACUUAUGACACGUCUCAAGAAAUCUCUUAUGAAACUCCUCAAGAUAAUCAAAAUGAAAAUGUAACAACCCUACCGUCGUCACCUUUACCUCCGCCAAUUUUGUUCACUUCAACAUUUAAUACAUGUACUUCAGCACUUGCACCACAACGUGUUGCUGUUUUAUCAACGAAUGCUCACCAAUCCCAACAAUCACAAAGCAAACGGGGCUCAAGCUGGGUGUGGGAUUAUAUACACGUGGAUUCGAGCACUAAAAUACGAUGUUGUACUGUACAAGUAACAGAAAAUGAUAUUGAGAAGCCGUGUAAUGCAAAAUUUGCAGCUACAACAAGUACUACAAAUAUUGGAAAUCAUUUAAGAACCGUUCAUCGAAUUUCAAAUGCAAUCGAUUCAGCAAAAGCAUUGAACCUUAUCGCCAACCAAACACAGCAGACAUUGGAAACAUGUGUCAAAAAUAUAAAGCCAUACAAAGCUACUGAAAAACAUUAUAUACGACUUGUUUAUCUUCUUGUUAGAUUUAUUGUUGAUGAUCUUCAACCUCUUAGUACUACUGAAUCAGAAUCUUUCGUUCACUUGAGCAAUGGACUAGAUCGACGAUUUACAGUUCCCUGUUCAGAAACAAUCAAAACUAAAAUUUUUGAUGCCGUUAUAUUUGCUGAAAACAAAUUACGAAAACUCAUUAAAGAAACAAUGAUAACGUGUAGCUUUACAACUGAUCUUUGGACACAAUUUCACCAACCUUAUAUCGGCGUAACUAUACAUUGGUUAACGUCAGACUUUAAUCUUUGUCAAGCACUCUUAACAAUUGAAGAAUUUCCUUAUGGCCAUUCAGGUGAUAGAAUUGCUGAUUUUUUGCAACAAUUAUUCGAUAAAUGGGAAAUAAGCAAUCAAGUUAUCGCUGGUGCUACAGAUAAUGCAGCUAAUAUGCAUGCCGCAAUACAAAAAUUGGGAUAUCGUCAUAUCAAAUGUAUGGCACAUACCUUACAACUCGCAAUUAAUGAUGGAUUGUCAAAAUGUCAGGCUUUAAUAACACGUGCAAAAGCUCUUAAUAAGUUUUUGGUAAAUCAUGAUAAAUAUCGACAAAAACUUCGUGAUUUACAAAAAUUAAUCAAUGGUACUUCAAAUGCUUCUACUUCGACCUCUAGUAAGCUUGAACCUAUUCAAGAUGUAAAGACUAGAUGGAAUUCGACAUAUCUAGUCUUUGCACGCCUUCUGCAAUUGAAACAUAUCAUUCAAUCACUAAUUGCUGUAUUAUUAAAUGACAAUGAUAAUAUAGCAAAAAAAGAUGGAAAAGUUUUGGAACAUUUAUUUUUAAAUCAUACCGAAUGGCAAGCAUUAGAAGAAUUAGUAGAUUUAUUAAAGCCCUUUGUGCAAGUUACUGAACUUAUUGGUGGAAGUUCUUAUCCAACAUUGAGUAUGAUGUAUCCUAUUCUGACAAAACUUAUGGCUCAUCUUUUGAUGAAAAGUUCAACUAUUAUUGAUGAAUCAGUUUUGGAAACUUGUAAUAUAAUCAAAGAAUCAUUGGAUCAACGAUGGAAUAAUACUGAUAAUAUUGGAUAUUUCGCAGCUUAUUUUGAUCCACGAUUUAAAAAUAUGAAAUUUGCCGGUACAAAAUGGGACAAUAUACGAUCUCAAAUAUUGGAAAAAAUGGAAGCAGAAAAUAAUGAAUCUUCAACAUUUACUUCAAUGAUAUCUGAACAAACAAAUUUAUUUUUUGAUGAUGAGAAUUUGACAAAUGAAUCCUCUCCAGUAUCCUUUGAAAUGCAAAUUUAUAAAUCAAUGCCACAAAUUCAUAAGCAUUCUCUUUCUAAUCCCCUUUAUCAAAAAGAAAAUCCACUUGUUUGGUGGAAUAAUAAUAUAAAAACUUUUCCACAUCAUAUUAAACAAGCACGAAAAUAUCUUGCCAUUCCUGCUACAUCUGUUCCUUCUGAAAGACUUUUUUCAGAUGCAGGAAAUAUAAUAACUGAAAAACGAAAUCGUCUUUCUUCUGAUAUUGUUCAUGAUAUUUUAUUUUUAAAACAUAAUAAAAUUAUACUAGACUGGCCCGGCCAACCUG